AUGCUGUCGUCGAUGUUCGGGACGCGGCCGGCGGGGGAGCCGGACCCGCCGGAGCCCGAGCCGGAGCCGUCGGGGCGGCAGCUCUCGGACGGGGACCUGCUGGAGGAGCUGGUCGCCACCGUGGGCGCGGCGCAGGCGUUCCAGGAGUUCCGGCGGUCGCACCGCAAGGAGUGCUUCAACCUCCUCCGUUGGCUCCAGCUCGUGCUCCCGCUCAUCGAGGAGCUCCAAGAGGCGUCCCCGCCCCGCCCGCUCACCGACGACGCCCACCGCCGCCUCGCGCUCCUCAGCCGCGCCUUCCAGGCCGCCCGCCGCCUCCUCCGCUGCUGCCACGACGGCAGCAAGAUCUUCCUCGUGCGUAAUCGCCCGCCGAUUCCGUCUCUUUCCGUCAAGGGAUUAAUGGGAUUUCUGAUUCGUCGCUGGUUUUCAUGGUCGCAGUCGCUGGAGGGCGAGGCUGUGCAGGGGAGGUUCCGGGCCGUGUACGAGAAGAUCAACCAAGCCUUGGACGGCAUGCCCUACUCGGAGAUCGGCAUCUCCGACGAGGUCAAGGAGCAAGUGGAGCUCAUCAACACACAGCUCAAGCGGAGCAAGAAGAGGACGGACACCCAGGACAUGGAGCUCGCCAUGGACUUCAUGGUGGUCCUCCAGGACAAGGAGGACCGGAGCGCGGACAGGGUCAUCCUCGAGCGGCUGGCCAAGAAGCUCGAGCUACAAAGCCUGGCUGACCUCCGCGCCGAGACCAUGGCCAUCAAGAAGCUGAUCAACGAGCGCAACGGGCAGCAACCUGAGAGCACAAAGCAGAUCAUCGAGAUUCUCAACAAGCUCAAGGAAGUUGCUGGCAUUGACGAGAAAAACAUCCUCGGCGAGGUCCAUAUCCCCAAGUACCUUGAGAAGUGCCCCUCUCUCAUGAUCCCCAAUGACUUCCUCUGCCCCAUCUCCCUCGAGAUCAUGACCGACCCCGUCAUCAUCGCCAGCGGCCGGACUUACGAGAGGAGAAGCAUCCAGAAGUGGUUGGACGCGGGGCAGCGAACGUGUCCCAAGACGCAGCAGCCGUUGGCGCAUCUCUCGCUGGCGCCGAAUUUUGCUCUCAAGAACUUGAUCUUGCAGUGGUGUGAGAAGAACAAGGUAGAGAUGCAGACAAGAGUUGACGAACCUCCUGUUGAGGAGGAAGUGAGUAAGGAGGUGCUCAUCCCGUCAUUGGUGAAGGACCUCUCAUCCCCAAACCUCGACGUGCAGCGCAAGGCCGCCAAGAAGAUCCGGACGCUUUCCAAGGAGAGCCCAGAGGACCGCACACUCAUCGUUGACAGUGAUGGCAUCGCGGCCCUUGUCGGCCUCCUACAGUACCCGGACAAGAAGAUCCAGGACAACGCAGUCACAUCGUUGCUCAACCUCUCGAUCGACGAGGCCAACAAGGUCUUGAUUGCCAAGGGGAACGCCAUCCCAUUGAUCAUUGAAGUCCUCAAGAACGGCAAUGUCGAGGGCCAGGAGAACUCCGCGGCGGCGCUAUUUAGCCUGUCCAUGGUAGACGAGAACAAGGUGGCCAUAGGGGCCCUGGGAGGUAUGCCUCCAUUGGUUGACCUCCUGAAGAAUGGGACGAUCAGGGGGAAGAAAGAUGCUAGCACGGCCAUCUUCAACCUAUUGCUGAAUCACCAGAACAGGUUAAGGGCUAUCGAGGCCGGCAUCGUUCCUGUGCUGCUCAAAAUUCUCGACAACACGAAGCUCGGCAUGGUUGAUGAGGCCCUCUCCAUCUUCCUCCUGCUUGGGUCCAACUCUACAUGCCGUGGCACGAUCGGGACAGAGAGCUUCGUCGAGACGCUUGUGCGGAUCAUCAAGGAGGGGACCCCCAAGAACAAGGAGUGUGCGCUUUCUGUUAUCCUCGAGCUUGGAUCACAUAAUAAUGCCCUUAUGGUGCACGCCCUCGGGUUCGGCCUCCACGAGCAUCUCACGGAAAUUGCUAAGAACAGCACAAGCAGAGCACAGAGGAAGGCAAACUCUCUGAUUCAGCUUGCCCGGAAGUGCGAAUCGUAGAACAAGAAUUAUGCACUGUGGAAUUAAAGCUCAGUCCAUACUAAAGCAAUGGUUUCGCUUGAAUUUCCUUGGUCUUGGAAAUAGAUGGAUAAGAGCAAUGUAGACCGAAUGGAAUGAGAAUCUACAUAGAUGGCUGCCAGGUAAGUUUCUAAGAAGAAUGAAAAGAUGGUGUACAUACAUAAGUGAAAUAUUUGUGACAGUUAAUAUUGUUCAUUGAUUGAGGAACUGGAAGGAGAGAAAUGAAGGAGAUAUACUCUACUUCAUUCAUUUGUUGGCACUGAAAUUUUGUUGUAAGUGAUAUUAUAUAUGGUAA